GAGCGCACACACACAUGCACACACACACACUCACUCACUCACACACUCUCACACACACUCAGCAGAGCAGAGGAGCUCUCAUCCUGAUCGGUGCCAGACGCACGGUCGACUUUUUGUUUUUGCGCGAGAUUUAUUACGUUUUUGUUCAGUUGUGAUAUAUAUAAAUAGUGUAAACUACACUUUGGUGUGAAGGUUGAAGUUAGUAUUUAAGAUUGUGGUUGGUUUUUCCCGUACAUUGGAAUAUAUUUCGGAAUUAAAAGUGGACAGACUACUUCACGACGCGCAGGAGUCCUCCUAAAAGAAGUUCCCCCAGGAUUGUCUUUCCGAGACAGGAGCGCUCAACUUGUCAGUGCAACUUGGUCCGGGGUGUUUUUUUGACUUGAGUCGUCCCAGAAAUGGUGGGGCACCUACAUUUACAAGCGAUGGAUGAUAGCCUGAAAGGAAAGAACCGGGAAGGGCUGCUCGACAGUCCGGAUUCGGGGUUGCCCCCCAGCCCCAGUCCGCCCUUCUGCUCCCUCUCCCCGGGUCUGAUCGACUCGCGCUCCGGCAGCUGCACGACGCCCGUCGAAAGCCAUCAUGGAUAUUACAAAAAGGAAAGCAGAGAAGGCAAACUGCUGCCGUACCUGCUGCUGAACUCCACGGGCACAGACCCAAAGACCCGCAUGCAUCCUGUGUUCUUCGGAGAAAGCAUCGAGGUCAACCCCAAACCGGAGCAGGAAAUCAAAUGCAACUCAGAGGUCAAGUACGACUCGGACAAGCACUACCAGGACCAGGUGUACUGCACCCCGGUUCCCACGCCAAUCUCCUUCAGCGAGACGGUGGUGGCAGUGAGGAACUGCACCUGGAGGAGCUACAAGUCCCAAGUUUACCUGGAGCCGCGGCAGAAACCCAUCAGCUACCGAAGCACCACCAUCAUCUACCCGAAGCACGCCAAGAACACUUACCGCACCACGCUCAACUACAACGCCACGGGGUCCCGCCGCUGGUUCGUCUCCACGGUGAAGCUGGAGUCCAGUGAGGAUACUAGUCCCUGCAUCAUCUACACAGAGGACCUGUAGGGCCCACAAUGCACUGGGAGAGGGCUACCUGGUGAUUGUAUCAUUUGUUUUUGAGGACAAGGAACUUGGGGAGGCCUAUAUUGAAAGGGAAAUACUUCAAGUAAUACCUGAAAAACCCUGCUCUGUUCAUCUUUACUCGCCAUAGAGAAAACUGUUGGAACCCUUUAUCGACAUUUCGCCUGAGAUUUUUUAGACUUUCUACUGAUGCAGUCUUUAAAAAGAGCCUGUCCUAUGGCAGUUUGUCAAUGGUUAAUGUCUUAUUUAAUACAAGGGCUGACAAAUUGGCGGCCUUUCCGGUUGGAUGUAACCUCAGUGAAGGUGACGGACUGUGUUAGUAGAGAAAAGUCGAGAUGUGGUGGAUUUCAGCUCCGAGCCAACCGAGACACGCCAAUGCAAAGCUUUCUAAUAUGGCUUUAUUGCACUUGUUUUCUAUAUUAAAGUCCUCCCAGUGGACUUGAAUUGCGGGGGUGGGGGGAUUUCAGCAUGUGAAAAAAUUGGACCAAAGUUUGUCUCUUUGUAUGACCUCCACACUCUGAGACAAAACGCUUGCUUUUGUUGUACAGCGUAAAUUAACACACAUUAAAACAGCAGCCUGUUUAGAUUAAUUAACAAUUGAAUUAAACUCAACUGCACAUUGCAAAGUCUUGAUAAGUUCCCAGAGCUGACUGUAUAAUUCAAACUAAAGUCUAAUUAAAAGACAGCACAAUAACAUCUGAUGCCUUGAGAAUAUUUGAAAAAAGGGAGAUAUUUAAAUCCUCUGAAAACUUGGUUUCAGAUCUUUGUAACUUCACAGCCACGGUGGAUCACUUAUUGUCGUAGAUUAAACAUCUGUUAAACGUAAUGUUUGUUAACACUUGAUUUGAACACUUUAAUUAAGAUAGUGAAAGGGUGAAGGGUUUUGGUAAAGAGGUUCUUGUUAGCUGGUUCAGCUGCAGAUCAAAAAUCAAUGAAGUUUGGAAUUAAAGAAGCAGCGUUAGACAUUAUUUAUUAAAAGUUGAACACUUAAAAACUCAGUGAAUCUGCUUCAUCAGGAACACACAUGAUCAAUGGUUACAAGGUUAGUGAGAACAUACAGGUGUAUUUCAAUGCCAAAGACUGUGCAUGUUUUUUAGUUGUUUCAGUCAGUGUUGGUUUCAGAUGGUUGGGCUCGUCACUGAAGUGCAAACAUUUUGACGUGAAGUGUUUGAAUAUUUAAAACACUUCUGUCACAACACAAAAACAAGAACUAUUUCCAGCUGUCAUUGACUGCUUUUAAUGCUUCAAGGGUUCAGCUUCAAAAAAGACAAACACAAUUGUGAUUAUUUGGCACCAGCUAUUUGUAAAUACAUCAGUUUAUGAAAAGUUGUUAGCGAUUUAUUUAAUUAUAUUUGCAUAAUUAAAACUUAAGGAGUGUCUUAGCUUUUAAGUCAUUUUCCAGAAAUCCUCUGGAAAUGUCACUGUAGGGUCAUACAAUAAUACAUUGUUAAUUUAGGUGAUACUCAUUUAUUUAUCAGUGUAAACAUGGAUAAAUAUGUGUUUUCAGUGUCAUGAAAUAUCCAACUAUGCAAACCUAGCUAACGGUAUUUGGCGUUUUAGUCUGACAUUGUUAACAGCACGUCAAGUAAUGUUAGCCAUGUUGUUAUUUAUAAAAAAUUAUUUCAAUAUUUCGGGAUAGAUGUUACUCAAAACUGUUCAUAUUUAAGCAAGCUUUGUCAGUGAGCUAACGUUAUGUAGCCUACAGCAGCUACAGCUGACAGUCACUGGGCGAACAUAUCUAUUAACAACCCAUCUCUACUUAAAAACGACUUUAUUGUCAAAGAACUCUUCAUAAUUUAGCGAUGUUUACAUCUACACCUAGUCCGAACUUCCUUUUUAGGGUUUAAUUUACAAAUAGAUGGUGCAGACAAGCGUUUAAUGCUGUUUUACAGAUAUCAACAUAUUGUCAUAUUGAAACCACAUCAGAUCAUCCUGUUGAAGAUGUAAAAUAUAAGUUUAUUGAGCAUUUUUUGUGAGUUUUUUGUGUCUGUCUUCUAUAUAUAUUUAGAUUAUUGAACAUGGACAAUAUUGAAACAUCAGACUUUACCUCAAAUUUUCCUAGGUAUCCAUUUUACUUCAUUGCAAAUGUGUUUUUCCGAAUUUCAGUUGAGGUAUUGAACUUGCAGUCUUGGUUAUUUUAUUGUUUGAACAACCUUCUAGGAAAGUGUAAGGGUAGGAGAUACAUGGAGGCUUUAUGGGGAGGGGGUGCAUCAGUACUGUGUGAUGGGUACUGGGUUUUAAUGAGGGAACAGUAAGUAAUAAGCAAAGAGGGGAACAUCAGAUCUGCUCUUUCAAAAGGAAAACUGUAGAUGAGAUGAUAAAAUAUUAUGAAGAUGGCUUUUUAAACUAAACAGUAAAGUUAUUAAAAGAUGACAGAGAGUUUUGCUAUGUGUAGAUGGUCUGUGAAAUGUCAGAGAAUGAUGACAGAAAGUCGGUGGGUGUCAAGUUUAAUACGUUGGUGUUUUUAUGUGAGAUACUUGUGUUUCCUAACAUUUGAUUUUGUUACUGUACAUUUUUUUCCUGUUGUAUAUGUGGCAUCAACGCACUUCAUAUUUCUCUUUAUAUUUUUGUACGUCAAUCGAUCGUUCUAGUUCUGAUUAAAGAAAAUUAUUUAAAAAGAUGUAUAUCCUAAAUGAAUAAAACAUUGCGAUUCCUAAAACCUA